GCUGCAUUAGUCACCAGUCCGCCGCCGCCGGUGCGCUGCGCUCUGCCUGCGCGCCUCUCCUUGCCGGCUCUGGCCCGCGCCCGCCCGGCUCCCUAUGGGCAGAGUCGCUGAGGCACUGGUGGAGCCACAGAGCGCGCCGGAAUUCAGGAGCCUGAUCUUGUGGAGUUCUCUGUCGCCCGCCCACCCGGCACAAGCGUCGUCUGGGCAGUGGCAACAUGGCCUUCUCCCAGGUACAGUGUCUGGACGACAGCCACGUCAACUGGCGCUCCAGUGAGUCCAAGCCCGAGUUCUUCUACAGCGAGGAGCAGCGGCUGGCUCUGGAGGCCCUGGUGGCCCGUGGCAGGGAGGCUUUCUAUGAGGUGCUGAAGAGGGAGAACAUUCGGGACUUCCUCUCGGAGCUGGAGCUCAAGCGCAUCCUGGAGACCAUUGAGGUGUAUGACCCAGGCUCUGAGGACCCAAGGGUUGCCAGCAGGCCCCGGGGACCUGAGGACGAUGGCAUUGGUGACAGUGAGGAGGCCAGCAGGGCAGGUGGGGACCCCACCGAGGCCGAGCCACUGCCAUCCCUGGAGUACUGGCCCCAGAAGUCUGACCGAUCCAUCCCGCAGCUUGACCUGGGUUGGCCCGACACCAUUGCCUACCGUGGUGUGACCCGGGCCAGCGUCUACAUGCAGCCCCCCAUUGAUGGGCAGGCCCACAUCAAAGAGGUGGUGCGGAAGAUGAUCAGUCAGGCCCAGAAGGUGAUAGCUGUGGUCAUGGACAUGUUCACCGACGUGGACAUCUUCAAGGACCUGCUGGAUGCCGGCUUCAAGAGGAAGGUGGCCGUGUAUAUCAUUGUGGACGAGAGUAACGUCAAGUACUUCCUGCACAUGUGUGAGCGGGCCCGCAUGCACCCAGGGCACCUCAAGAAUCUCAGGGUGCGGAGCAGCGGGGGAACAGAGUUCUUCACACGGUCAGCCACCAAGUUCAAGGGUGCCCUGGCCCAGAAGUUCAUGUUCGUGGAUGGAGACCGGGCCAUCUGUGGCUCCUACAGCUUCACGUGGUCGGCCGCAAGGACGGACCGGAACGUGAUCUCCGUGCUGUCGGGACAGGUGGUGGAGAUGUUUGACCGGCAGUUCCAGGAGCUGUACCUCAUGUCCCAUGGUGUCAGCCUCAAGGGCAUCACCAUGGAGAAGGAGCCCGAGCCUGAGCCCAUCGUGCUGCCCUCCGUGGUGCCACUGGUGCCCUCGGGCACUGUAGCCAAGAAGCUCGUCAACCCCAAGUACGCACUGGUCAAGGCCAAGAGCGCCGAUGAGAUCGCCAAGACCUCCUCAGAGAAGGAGGAGGUCAAGAAGCCCCCAGGGCUGCGGGGUGCCACCCUGGCAGAACGGCCUGGAGACGUCCUAGAGGCGCCCCCGCCCGUCCACCCCGGCCUGCUCAACCUGGAGCGGGCCAACAUGUUCGAGUACCUGCCCACAUGGGUGGAGCCGGACCCCGAGCCCGGCAGCGACAUUCUGGGCUACAUUAAUAUCAUCGACCCCAACAUCUGGAACCCCCAGCCCAGCCAGAUGAACCGCAUCAAGAUCCGAGACACCUCCCAAGCCGGCACCCAGCUGUGGAGGCAAAGCCAGGAUUGCAACCCUGCCCCCGGGCCCAGUGCCCCCCAGGACGGGGGCCCAGCAGAGAACGGUCUUCCCCAGGAGGACCCCAAGCCACAGCCCCCCGUGCCCAAGCCCCGGACAGUCCCUGUGGCAGAGGUGAUUGCCCAGGACAGUGGCAGUGUUGACUGGGCCCUGGGGACCCCAGAAGAGGAGACUCCCCAGAAUGGGACAGACGGCACACCACCCAGGACCCCGGGUCCUGGCCACGCCCCACUGCUGCGGCAGCUGUCUGUGACCCAGGACGACCCUGACAGCCAGGGAGCAGUGAUCCCCAAUGGACUAGAUGGGGAGGACGAGGAAGAUGACGACGACUACGUGACCCUAAGUGACCAGGACAGCCUCUCGGGCAGCUCUGGCCAUGGCCCUGGCCCCCGGCGGCCCUCCGUGGCCUCCUCUUCUGUGUCAGAUGAGUAUUUUGAGGUGAGGGGGCGCUCGGCCCCUCUCCAGAGGCGCCACUCAGAGCAGGUAGCCAAUGGGCCGGCCCAGCCCCCCCGCCGGCAGCUGAGUGCCCCCCAUGUGACCCACGGGACCUUUGGUGGACCCCUGGGUGGCUCGCUGUGGGCCCCAGGUCAGGAGAGAGAAGAGGCGGGUACUCCAAGGAGGACACAGGCCCCGCAUUCCACGGAGAAGGAGACACAGGGCCAGCCCAUCCCCCACUAUAGGGUCCCUGCCUCAGGGACCAGAGAGAAAGAUGGCUUCCUGCGGCCGAUGAGGACCUCGGGAUCCCUGCGGUACCGCCCUGCUGCUGAUGGCGCCCAGAGCUCUACCAGGAAAGCGGGCCCGGCCACAACAAGCCCAUACUCCUGGCAGAUCAAGGGGGGCCCCAUGCCCCGCACCCUGGCCGAUCCCGGGACCCCAAGGUCGGCCCGAAAUGCCAGCUCCCAGGCUGAUGGCAGGGUCCCUGAGGAGCAGCCAAGCCCUUUUGGAAUCUCGUACUCCAAACUGUCCCAGUCCAAGCACCUGAAGGCCAGGACGGGCAGUGGCCAGUGGGGCUCCUCUGAUUCAAAACGGAGGGCUCAGGCCCCGCGGGACCGCAAGGACCCCUAGCACCUGGUCCCUGGGCCUGGAGCUGUGCAGUCCAAGGCCUCUGCCCCAGCCCAGACUCACCAAGCAGGUAUCCGUGGGGCUUUGCCAGGGCCAGGCUGCUGGGCCGCCUGGACCCUCCAGAGACCAGCCCAGAAGGCAGGAGGGUGGACUGGAUUGACACUCACCUGAUCUGUGCACCAGUACCAGGUGGCCAUGAUGGUCAGACCAAAGGUCAUUCCCGUCCAUGGGAGGUCCCCCGUGUAGGGGUCUCGAAACAUGUGCAUGGCGUCUGCCCGUGGCAGGUGGCAGGUGGUGUUGGCGAUGGUCCGGGAUGGGAUGGCCUGGGCAUAGGCUGCCUCCAGCUGCUCAUACCCACCGAUCUGGUCAAAAGCUAGAGGGAUCAGGGCAGGACAGGGACGGGUUGGUGGCUGGGGGCCCUGACUCCAGGCCCCCACUUCCCAAGGCAUCAAACAUGACUUUUUCCCAUUCACCUUUCCCGGUGUCUGGAAAGUUAUGGAGGGUAGAGGGUUUAAAAAACAAAAACAAAAAACAGGGGAAUUCAAAUGACUGUUUUAUUUGUAUUUAAUGUAAGAUUAUUAAAUAAGCAUUUUGCACGUGGACACCCCAGUGUCCUCUUGGCCCCUGGAUGCUCGUUGGCCUCGGGCGAGGGGUUCUCUGACAAGCUUCAGACUGUGGACUCAAGGGAACGAAAGUAUUUUUUCUUGGCAUUCGAGGACCUUCCCAAGGAGUCUGAAGUGUUAAAGUCCUGACCUGGGGCUUCUGAAGGAUAUGAUUUUGCAGAGCUGAGGAGGCCCGGCAGUCAUGUAGCACUGAGAACAGAACGAGUCCCAGAGGGGACAGGGGACUGACCAGGGCCCUGUGGCCAGCCAGCUGGGUCUCGGGCCACAAGUCAUUUCCUGGAGACCAGACCACUUUCACUCCCCCACUGUUCCCGUCUACCUCAGGGUCAAGGGCCCCAUGUGGCCACACCCCAACCCAUCGGUGGCUUCUUCUGUGUCUGCAGUCACUCCCCCCAUUUCCAGCCUGGGCCUGGCCGCCAGGCUCCCUCUCCCGCAGGGGUUCCAGGGACGUGGGCCCCUGGCCUGGAAGGAGGCAGACACACAGAAGUCUAAACACAAGACUGUCUCAUCCACCUGCUCUAUGCCCCUCUCCCCCUGCCUUUCCCAAGCUGGAAGCCUGCUGCCUGGACCUUGGCCCCCGGCUCACUGCCGCCUGGAGCCCAGGCACGGGCGGGUCCUCAGAGCAGAUGCACAAGCGCUAUCCUAACGUCGGAAAUUGCCGGGCCACGGGAUCCUCCAGUCCAAGUCUGGAUGAGGCUUGAAAGACCUCUGUUUGCCCCUGUGGGUAAUCCUUCCGGCUUGGAUUGCAAAGGUACAGGGAGGUCACUACCUAGCAGGGCAGACCUGCAAGCUUCGUCCACAUUCUCAGACAGGAUCCCUGACCUGUCUGCACCCUCUUCCCUCCUCCCCUGCCCCGGCCAGCGGCGGUAGCUGCGCUUCUCUGGAUUACGCACGUGAUGAUAUGAACAUUUGGCACAGAGGCCCAGGCUGCUUUGUGGUUUCCUGAUGGUGUGCAUGGCUGCCCUCGGCCCCCUGCUCACCAUCAAGCCCCAAGCCAGCCCAGGGUGGGUGACACUCUGAGCUAGGCAGUGGAGGUGGGAAGGGGGCAGGCAGCCAGGGUCACCCAGGGGAGGUUGUUGCAGGGGCGGAGGUUGGGGGAAGGGUGCCGACUGUCCGGGGGGGCUUGAGCUCAUGAGCACCCCCCCCCCAAGCGCUGGCACCUGGGUCCCAGCACGGCAGCCCCGGAGCACCGUCUGCUGCCACAGCCCUCCCCACUCAGCCCCCAGCCCGCAGCCUCUCACCUUUGACAGUCAGGAUGAUAGCCCCCACCACCAUGAUGAGUGUUUGCAGGGCAUCUGUGUAGAUCACAGCAGCCAGACCUCCUGCGGGUAGAAAUGGGGCAGCUCAAGGGAGGAGGGAUGGCUGUUCCAGGGUAUGUGUCCCCCGCCCUUCACAGGUGGGCCUGCAGAGCCAGCUCUCGGUGGGGAGGGGGGCCCUGCCUCGUGCUCGUGCCCCGGCUGGCUGGUGGUCUGGCUGGUGGUUGAGUCCCCUGUCUCCAGGCCCUCCCCACGCCCCCACUCCUGGCCGGGGCACCGUACCUGCGAUGGUGUACAGGGCCGUGAUGGCAAGCAUGAGGAUGGUGGAGAGGUAGAAGUUCCAGCCCAGACAGAUGUGCACAAAGAGCGCCCCUGCAUACAGGUCAAUCUGGGGAAUAGGAAAGGAACUGUGCGGACGCUCGAGGGGACUGCGGGAGCCUGGGCACUACUUGCGUGACGUGUGGCCCCAGUGCCCCGUGAACAAGGUGGGAGAGACACCCCACCCCCACUCCUGCACCCCCGUGAGGUGGGGCGAGGUCCUGGGUGUGGACCAGCGGUGUGCAGGGAAUGUUGCUAAUGUUAAUAAAGUCCUAAGUGGCCCCUGUCCACCGAGGA